GUCAACGAAGAGUUGCGCCAACACUUCAUGCAGGGAGAUGAACCCUCCAAGCGCUUUAUUUGUCGCCAGGCCCUGCUGGAAAUAUGGCAAGACGAGACGCGGCUGCAUACCUUGCUUGGUCCCAAUCCGAUUUCAUCGCAAGAUAUACGUCGGGUACAGCGUGAAUGCGUCGCCGUAUUAUCUAUCCUGACUUAUAUUAGAGCAAUCAAAACCAUUGCAAGGUUUCACGCCAUCCUUUAUACUGACCAGAUCAACGAUACAAACCUCCCAUUGCAAGAUGGGGCGAUACGAAAGCUCUUAUCGCUCGAACCGGAGCUGUUCUUUUUAUUCAAUGACUACCAAUGGGCCUUCUGUCCGGCCGAGAUACACUGCGAUCGAGACCCACCAUUGCAACUGAUCGAUGCGCGUCGUCGUCUACCCUUCCUAUCCACACCGAAAUUGAUUGGGUCUGGCGGCUUCGGGGUAGUAGAGCUUGUGAAAAUCGCCCCACGUUACCUAAAAUUAAGUCGAGGAGCCGAUUUCGAGUAUCCUUUUAAAGUUGCUUGCAAACGAUUCGAAGGCGUCAGGAAGCUACAGGACUUCGAAACUGAAUUGGCAAACCUACAAAAUCUCAAGAGCAGCCUCACAAACCAGGCUCACAUCUUGCAACAUCUCACCACCAUUUCACAUGGACCACAGUACUAUAUCCUCUUCCCGUACGCAGAGCUAGGUGACUUGGACCAAUUUCUCUUAGAUGGUGCGGGAAUUUACGAUUUUCGCCAACGGUUCCCACUCAUUGCGCCUAACUCAACACCGGAAAUUUACAAGUCUCUGUUGUAUCAAUGCUGGGCUUUGGCUUCGGCUCUGGACUGGCUGCACAAUGGAAUCAAGAUCAAAACCAAGGAUAUCAAGUGCGCCCACAUGGAUCUCAAGCCUGACAACAUUUUGAUUAUGAAGGACUCUAGCUCAACCGUGGGAAAGUGGAUGAUAUCAGACUUUGGGAUUUCAGUCGCCGAGCAUGAUCGUCAUAGUCGAGCGCAUGCACUGAGCAUCAGAGAUCUUUAUCGCGAGGUGACCAUUGACAGAGUAGCAGUCCCGCAAUUGGGGACAUACCAACCCCCUGAAGGGAUUCAUAUGAAGGGCGACUCAGUUGAAACCGAAGGCGCAGGGCGCCGCAGCGAUGUAUGGUCUUUUGGAUGCGUGUUCUCUGAGGUUCUUGCAUGGGCGAUCGGCAGACGAAGAGAGGUGGAGGAAUUUGCGUACUCGCGAGCGCGCCGGGGUCAGAAGGAUGCUUUUUGGGAAGAAAUUAUUCCCAAUACGCUGUUUCCAGGCAAGAAAGAGUUCAGAUUAUGCGACGCAGUGGCGAAGUGGUUGAAUGACCUCCAUACGCGGAGGUUCUCGACAGACCCUGUUGUGAGGCUUUGGGCCCAAAAGCUCGCAAAAGAGAUAUUGAUUGUCAACAAAGCAGACAGGCCUAGUGCGGCAAAACUCGAGAAAAUUGUGGGAGGUCUAUACAACGCUUGUGAAAUGCUGAAGACCACCUACGAUAUGCAGGAUUCAGGUCCGCCAUUACUACGAAGAUAUGAACCUCCAGAGCUAGUCGUCACUCCUGCAUGCGUUUCAGGCAUAUCCCCGGCCAUCUCAAGCCCGAGCUUCGGCAUACUUGCCGCAGCUAUAUCUCGAUCUAAAGUACAGGACGCGGUGCCAGUGGCGAUGAUCUACAAGAAUCGAAUCGAAUUCAUCCAGAUCAACCUCUCACAUGCUGGCUCACACGAAUGCAGGACAAAAUUGCUUCCUGAUGAAUGGAGAAGUGGGAGUGCGGGAGUGACAAUUGAAGGCCGGUAUUUUGCAGCUUGGGGGGACUGCAAGAAAAGCAUGAAGAGACGUCCCCAAUGCUUAUACAGCGAACCAGAGCUGGAUCAAACAUUUACCCAAGCAGUAUUCAACGAUGAGGGCAGUAUGUUGUUCGCAUGGGCUAUUGGGAGCAGACAAGAAUCCUUGUAUGUCUGGAGAAUCGAGAAUAACAAUCCCUCUAGCCGUCGUCAUGUGGUUCACUAUAGCUUA